UUCAGAUGGGAUUGCUGGCUUACUGCUAUUGUUACGGUGAAGUUGAUCGUCUGGUGUACGGUUUGGACAGAUGCGCCAACAUUUGCGGAAAGCAGAACUUCAGAGAGCCGGGAAUUAAUCUGCAGCAGUUCAGAUGCAAAGGCAUGGACAUGAGAGACAAACCAUUCUUUUUACCGGUCGAGGAGGAAUGCGUCGAAUCUUGCAACGUUUCAUCCACUGCCACUUUAUAUUUAAACCGUUGUUACAAAUAUUCAACAAGCGUAAAUAUUAAGAGUUCCCUCGAGGACGUGGAAUUCUGCAAAUUGGAAGUGUUCAGCCUCAUUGGUCUCACAAUAAUGCUUUGCUGCGUGUUAACGUUCAUUUACAUGCAAUGGCCUUUACCAUACACACUAACAACUAUCCUCUUAGUAACAGCCGCAAUUUGUCUCUGGUAUUUCAGGUUUUUCACUUACCUAAGUUUGAGCAUAAUUGCAGCAAUGUUUCUGUACAUCAUUGCCAUUAUCUGUUUGUUCGUGAAAUACCGCCACUCGUUGAAAUCGUGCGAAGAAAUUGAUUGCAUCAUAAAGACGCAUCCUUUCUUACAAUUGCAACCGUUUCUGUUUAUUCUUUUGAUGGCAUUGACAUAUGUCGCGUUCAACUAUUGGGCGCUUUUGAUCGAGAGCGCUGGGGCAAUUGUGGAAAUCGAAAACAGCCAUUACAUCUACGAAAGAGACGGAACGAUGGUCGCUGCAAGAUAUUUAAAUUUGCUCGGAUUCAUCUGGACCAUACGGAUUUUAACGGAUUGCGAACGCUUGAUGCUAUCAGCAACCGUCGUCAUUUACCAUCACGAACCAGAAAACUCGAAGAUGGGUUUUCCCAUCAAAUACUCGUACUACAAUUUGAUCAGAUACCAUCUGGGAUCGACGAUUUUCGGCUCAAUUCUUGACCCAACAAACGCAAUUUCCUAUCAUUUAUUGAGAGCAUUGCAGUAUUGGAAACUUUUGGAUCGUUUGAAAGAAAAUCAUAGUUCUUUGAAGUGGAUUGCGGCGCCGCGUUUGAUCCGUUACGCGUACAUACGAAUCGGCGAAAGUGGACGUGCGAUUAGAAGAUGUUUGGAAAAUUAUGAUGGAUUCGAAAGUGAAGAAUUUAAUUUGGUUUUGGUUAAAGUUAUGAUCGCUAUGCCUUCGAUCGUGGUCGGAUUCGUCGUGGUUUGGGAAAAGUGCCAACAUCCCUUCAUGCUUCCAGUGAUAAUCAUUGGGAUCGGUUCGUAUUUAGUCGCUGACGCUUUCGCGAUUAUUUACGAGGUUGUUCUUGAUGCGACUGUAAUUUGCAAAGCAACAAACAAAGAUAGCUUCGAGAGGAAUCUGGACGUAAUUGAGAAUUCAUUUGUUUGUUAAAACUUCUGUUGUUUGUGAAUUCAGCUAUCUUUGAUAGAAAAAAAAACUGUUGUUAUUCGCGAGCUAUAAAUCAAGUUAACCGGUGGUUAAAACGAGACGUCGGCAUAAACAACAGACCGUAUUUUGUGCAUUGUUUACUCGCAUUCCUCAGCGGACCAUAAAUUAACAUGCGGACACAUCUGGG